AAACGAAAAUUUGCGUGCCUCCAAGGAAACUACUGCCAUGAGUAUGAAACGUGAUAUAUGUCGCAAAGCUCGGCUUGACCAUAAGGACCUUAGCUGCUGUGAUCAGCAGUUUCAGCGAGAUCUCACCGUAGUUUAUCUUAUAGGAAUGUUGAAUUAGGAUGAGAAUCUUUCAUCGCAGGUUUCUCGACCGCCUUCCUUGGAUAUUUCUCUUGCUUUCCGUGAUCUAUUUAUUGUAUACAUACUCUCGGUCAAAUGAACAGGAGGUGAACGCAGUCCGACAAGUAAUUCGGCGUCUGACGCAGGGAAAUGCAUCAGGACUGGCUCAAGAGAAAGAAGGAAAAUGUUUCCCUGUUCAUCACAUUCUUUUCCUAAAAACGCACAAGACUGGUUCGAGUACGAUGGCUAAUAUUUUUUUUCGUUACGGAGACUCGAGAAACCUUACUUUUGUCUUAUCACCGGGCACUCUUCUAGGAUGGCCACAUAAAUUCCAUAUAACUCACCCGCUUCGUCUUUUUAGCAAAGUACCCAACAUCUUAUGUAGCCACGCUAGAUUUAACAAGAAACCAAUGAACUGGCUUUUUCCGAGAGAAACCAGCAAAUACGUGACAAUUUUACGGAAUCCAGUAGACAACUUUGAGUCAGUGUUCAAUUUUGCACAGCUUGGGAAACAACUUGGUUUCGGAGACAAUUUGGACGCUCUAGAAAAAUUUUUAACAAAAGGAAUAGACUAUAACAGUACCCAUAAAGGUUUGAUGACCCAUUUAUCGAGAAAUCCGAUGAUGUUUGAUCUGGGUCUUAGUCCUAAGUUUUAUCAGAAUCUUACCGCAGUCAAAAAAUACAUUCGCUUCUUGAACAAAGAGUUCGACCUGGUUAUGAUAAUGGACUACUUUGAUGAAUCAUUGGUUCUGAUGAAACGACUGCUCUGCUGGGAACUAGAAGACAUUUUGUAUGUAAAACUCAACGCAAGACUAGAUAAAGAGAUAGCGAAAGAUUUAAGUAAAACUGUUCAAGAGAACAUCAAACGAUGGAACAUGGCAGACGUUUUGCUGUUUGAUCAUUUCAACGCAACCUUUUGGAGAAAAGUGAAAAUGGAAGGUCCAAGCUUUGAUGACGAUCUGGCUGCAUUUCGGCGAAAGAAAGAAAAUAUAAAGAGUUUGUGUUUAAAGGAUGAGAUGCAACAAGAACGAGCGUAUCAUGAAAAGUUUGUGAAGGGAUAUUUAGUUAGAGACGACCUAACGCCGCGUUUGAAGGUUUUGUGUGGACAUUUCGUGAGGAAGGAAAACGCUUUCUUGGAUUACCUCCGACAAAAACGUAUGAUAAAAUUGAGGACCAUUGGACUGGACAAAUUUAUAAAAGUUCAAACGGAAAGCGGCUGGAAUACAGCUAAAGAUCUGCAAUAUAAGCCAAUAAAAUCAACAUAGAUAAUUUA